AUCUGAUCUAGAGUCAGUCAGCUGGAUGUCACUCCCAGUCUUUCUAUGAGUACAGGGAGAAAGUCACAGAUGAAGACCAGAUGAAUACAGUUGAGCUGAUGAAACACCUUUAGAAUGAUGGAACACAACAUGAUGUUGGAAAAUAAACUGAUCGAGGACGAUUGCCAUCUAAAAUGCAAGCAAUACCUUAUCAGUAUGUUUGGAGAAGCAGCCGCAGAGUAUUUUCUCAGCCCUUCCUCUUGCUCAAAGGAUAUACCCUCUUGGUUUUUCCAGCUAAAAGAUGACAUGAAAGAUCACAUGAGUGCAGUUAGCCUAUGGGAUGCUCUGAGACAACGCUCUGCACAGACACUGCAAGAAUCAAACACUGAGCCCUCGUUGGCGAUUACUAAUGAGAUUGUGAAAAGGGUGACAGACUGGAAGACACUCAAGAAACAGGACCAUCUGAUGCACCUAUCAGGGGUGAAAUACAUGUUCCGCUGUGCUCAGCGUAACCAGGCCAUCUCUGCACUCCUUCUACAACAUAACCCUCUUUUUGACUAUGAGAUAAAUAAAGGACUGAACUGAUUCCUGUUCAUUAUCCAGAAUCAACCGAAUGGUGAGGUCAACACAAGAGGAGUGUUGAAAACAGGGCUAUCUCUCAGAUGAGCAAGACAUUUAUGACAUAGUCAAACUGUAUUUUUUUUCUGUAACUUUUAUUGUUCAGUUGACCCAUUUAAGACUUGCACAGGCUUGAUAAACGAGUCAGUUAAUGUGAUGCACUGUAGUAGGAAUUUGUAAUUGCAAUUCACUACCAUCAGAGGACAGCAGAUUGUAAAUUUGGCUUUUAAUCUCAUUACUGAAGUAAUUAUUUGUCUCUACUACAGAGGAUUUCAUCUGGUUUUUACUUCAGGAGCCUGAAUGUACUUAGCCAACACAUAUAUAACAACAAUAUUAUAACCUGUAUACUGUAUGUUGCCAUCUGUGUCAAA